ACAGGGUGUAAUUUUUUAAUGUCGUGCACACGACCUGCAUGUGGGGCCUCCCUGAUCAUCAAUGAAGUGGGUUAUGUGUGUGUUUAUUGCUUGAAACAGUGGAUUUUAUGAAGGAAGCUGCUCUGCCAGAUCUACUUUAAACAUGGGAUGCCCAAAAAGGGCCAUUGUGGUUUUCUUGUCGUUCCUGGGUUUCCUCGUCCUUUUUGGCUUCCGGACGGUGUUCACCAUGGUGAUGGUUUACGUCAUCAAAGAUAACGACAACGACGGUGUGACGUUUUUCAAAGAGUGCACAAUAAACGGCACAGCGUACGACCUACAAUUGGAUUGGAGCGUGGCUACGUCACAGUAUUUCAACACGGCCUACUUUGUGGGCUACGUCAUCACCCAGUUGCCAGGGGGAUUUCUAGCCGUCAGGUUCUCUCCUACAAAAAUAUUUGGGGGCGCAAUUUUGAUUAGUGCGUCAUGUUUCGUAAUCCUGGCAUUUUCCAUGAAGUACAGUCCAAUCAUAGUCUUUGUAGCCAGAUUUAUCCAGGGUUUGGCAGAGGGCGUAAGCCAGCCCGCUAUGAGUUCUGUCGUGUCGGCUUGGGCUCCAAGAUCUGAACGUGCAGGAAUCGUUGGGUUUUCUUUCUCGGGAAUCUACCUGAGCACAUCCCUGGCCUCGGUGGUGUCGGGAGCCGCCACCUGUUACGUCAGCUGGCACGCUGGACUCUUCAUCUACGGUAGCCUUGGUAUCAUAUGGUCACUGUUUUGGUUUGGGUUAGUAUAUGAUAGUCCAAUGAUGCAAUCCUCUCUAAGUGAAAAAGAGAGGCGCAUUUUCGAGGAGGAAGGAUCGAAAGUUUUGGUGGCGUCAGCAAGAGUGGCCAAAAACAUUCCAUGGAGAGCCAUACUGACGUCACGUCCGGUGUAUGCUCUAUUUCUUGCCAACUUCACGCGAUCUUGGGUUUUCGCCAUGGUAUUGACAGAGAUACCUCAAUAUUUCGCUGACGCAUUCAGCCUUAAUGUGGCAACAAUUGGAUUUCUUACGUCUUUCCCGCCAAUCUUGAUGUCAGUUUCCGUAAUAUUGGGCGGCGUUAUAGUUGAUAAACUGAUAAAUAUGGAGAAAGUAUCGAUUACUGCUGGAAGAAAAUUGUCUCUGAUCAUAGGAUUUGGUUCGGAGGCCGUGUGUAUCCUUGUCUUAGCCUUUGCAAAAGAUUACCUCACAGCAUCCAUCCUUAUCAUCAUUGCUGAAGGAUUAGCGGGAUUGUCCACUGCUGCAUUUAAAGUUAACCCCGUGGACCUAGCCCCGCAAUAUUCCAGUGUAUUGACUGGGAUAGUCAGAUCGGGAGUCCUAGGCGCCUCCAUUAGUACAGCUAUAGCUGGUGCUCUUCGACAAAAAAAUAUACAGUCAUGGCAGAGGAUCUUUUUAAUAACAGGAUCUCUACAUUUAUUCUCUGUUGUGUUUUAUUCCGUGUUUGGGUCCGGAGAACAGCAGGAAUGGGCCCAGCCAACCUACAAAACAUUGGUGUCUGGCAGCGAAUCUACAGAAUAUGGUUCUGUAGAAAAAAACAACAUCGACGUCAUCUUAACUGUUCACAACGACGAGAAGAAAAAAACCUGAACAUCAUAAGGAAAUUUCUAACGAUGUAUAUAUAUUCAUCGGACGACAAGGCAACGUGAUCCCUCCUUUGAUUCGUUGAUAACUAUGGAAAGCAAUAGAUACCUUAUGUAUUUCAUGAGAAAAUGGCGCUUUUUUAUAUUUAUUUAUUCUUUGGUUUUCUCGUGUAGCGACAAUAGAAAAACAAGGAGUGGGUCGAGGAGAGGCCCGAGAAGUUGAGAUUGCGGCUGUUGCCAAAUGUUUUCUUUACUAAAAUAAUUAAUACGACUGUUGCCAAACGUUUUCUUUACUAAAAUAAUAAUACAACUUAAAAAAUAAGAGCUUUGUCAUUUAUUUAUUUUUUCUGUUAUCGAUAUUUGUCAGUGUAUCGAAGCUCUGUUUGUAGCAAUUCCACUUAAAAUUAAAAAAAAAUAUAGAGAAAAAAUGAUAUUUCCUUGUUUUCCAACAAAAAUUGUGCAGCAAUAGUUUUAUUUAGGGUACGCAACGGAAAACCGUGCUGAAAUAGCCAUCAUUAAUAAUUCCCUGUUUGAACAUUUACGAAUACAAUGUAGUAUGGUUCGACCACCUUCAUAAUCCCCUUUCUGAUUAAUCUCUCUCUCUCUCUCU